AUGAAAGCUCUAAUACUUGUAGGUGGCUAUGGAACACGGUUACGUCCGCUAACCCUAUCGAAACCGAAGCCUCUUGUUGAAUUCUGCAACAAACCUAUGGUAAUGCACCAGAUAGAAGCCUUGGUACAGGUAAAGCUUUGAGCCAUAAUCUCUGAUCACCAGAUAAUCAGCUGAAUCUCCUUAAGAAUCUAGCAUAAUGAAGUUCUCCAUAUUAGCUUUUAAUUUACGCAAAGAACGUUGGAAUCUUGAAUCGAAUUUAAUGCUAACGAAUACAUGUUUUGUCAGCUGUUUUGUCCUUGAUCUACAUUGGUGCUGAUGACAACUAGCAUGAUCUUUUGUGUUCCAACCUUUCGUUCCAGCUUUUCUACAAUAAAACUAUUUUUCAGGAUUGUCUUUUACAUUUACUUGUUAAUCACACUUUAAGUUAUUGACAGCUGUGUAUGAUACUUUUCGGAUCUGCUUCUUUUUACCUAAAUUCAAGCCCUUUCAAUGUUAAUAAUAGGCAAUGUACAUAAACUCACAAAAAUCUAAAAUUCCUUUUUGUAAAUUCUUGGGAAAUAAAUAACACCACGUAAAAGUUUUGUCAGAGAGUUUUUAUGUGAAUGGUGACCCCACAGAAUAUCAUCCAUAGAUUUGAAAGUUAGAACUACAUACUAAAUAAAUAGUACCAUAUGAAAGUACUGCUGGACAGGUUUUGUUUUGAAUGGUAACAUCAUAGGAUUUUGUCCACAGAUUUAAAAGUUAGAGUCAACAAAUAAUCUUGCCAUACUUUGGUCUUGGAGUUAAAAAUGUUGAGCAAAGUUUGUUAGUCAACAUGACUUUUUGUCUAAAUUUAUUUCUCCUUUAAGGUUGGUGUAAAGCAUAUUAUCCUUGCCGUCAGUUAUCGUGCAGAGAUGUUAGAAAAAGAAAUGAAACAACAACAGGAUAGGGUGAGAUUAUUAAAAUUUUAGCUCUCUUUCCUCUGUUAUUGUCUUGUUAUAGAAAUGUGUUGGUAUUGCUGACAGUAAGCAACAGGCUAGUUCUGAUCAACUCCUCGAUUCUCCUUUCAAUUUUCUUGUUGAAUAAGAAGAGAAAUCAACAUAAAAUCAAACUGCAUUUACACAACAAUCAAUUUUUUUUUUUCAUGAAUCCUUUGAGUGAGUAGCUCCAGGCAUGGUUUAUAUUUCCUAGGCUAGCAGUGUUAUUUUUAACACUGGAUUUUACCAAAACGUCCUUGGGAUUUCCAAAAUUUUUGAUUUUAAUACCAAUAUAUUAUUUGUUUGGAUUUUUCAUUCAGACAGGAUUUUACCAGUUCCAUUCUCCCCAGAAAAAGCCUCUGGGCACAAAAAAGUUUUUAUUUAUUUAAAAUACAUCUAUAAAUUAAAAAAUGGUUAACUCUGUUUUAGUAAAACGGUGGAAACCUUGUUCUGGAUCCAGCUGUGACCCAGAUUCUAGCCAUGGUUUAUAUGGCCUAGGUUAAAAGUGUUUGUUUUGUUAACACUGAUUUUACCAAAUCAGGUUGUAAUUUCCACAAACGCACUUCCGGUAAUUCGAUGAGUCCGUUGGCUUUCCAGAGUUAGGAAUUACAAUCACAAUCUCACAAGAAAAAGAGCCUCUGGGCACAGGUAAGUUAAUAUGUUGCAUCUCUAUAAGAAAAAUACUAACUGGAGAGACAAUUGAUGCAAACUAGAAGCUACAUCAUGUGCUACUUAUUAUUACCACUUUCUACAAGACAGAAAAUUCUCAGAUGUUCCUGUUUGUUCAGGAAAUGGAUAAUACAGUCCACUGGAUAAAUCACUGUCCUGCAGAUAAGAGUUCGGAAAACAAAUUGCAUUACCCAGUGGAUAAAGAAUGUUUGUCCAGUGAACGGCGGCAUCCGUCUUUUCAUCACUUGGGCCUGGUCACCCAGCCAGUCUCUCUAAUAAGCCCACCAAGCAGAGCCUACGUAAGGUGACCCAAUACCCACUCACCCACCCUCCCCUCUUCCCCAACCAAGAUCCACCAAGGCUUUACGCGACACAUGAGUACUGAUAGUAGAUUCUGCUACUACCAUGUUUACAGCUUGAUCUUUUUUAUAUUUUCAGCGGGUCCUCUGGCUUUAGCAAGAGAUCACUUGACAGUAGACGAUGAGCCUUUCUUUGUCUUAAAUAGUGAUGUAUUGUGUGAUUUCCCUUUCAAGCAAAUGGCAGAAUUCCACAAGAAUCAUGGAAAAGAAGGAACCAUUGUUGUGAGCAUACACAAUUUUGCUAAAUUAUUGUUUCUGCAUUAAUGCAAACUAUAUUUUACAGUUAGAUGCUGCGCAUGCCAAUGGUCAAGGAAGUAAUAUUAAUAUUAUUGCCAGUUUAGGGUAAUAGUUUGAAUUGUUACAUUUUAAAUGCUCUUCAGGCUGCAGAGAAGUUCAGUAUUUACUACUUGCCAUUCGGGUAAUCUGUUGCUAGCAUUUACCAGGCAAAGCGUCCCUUUAACUAUACAAUCGACGACAAAAUUAGUUGAGACACUUUGCCCUAAAGGGGCUUUCCGACGUUUUACCGACUUCAAAAGGGAAAAAUAAAGCUUUUCCCUCCAUCCCCUCCAUGCAAUGUUGUGCGCUGUUCAAGCUGCCUGUAGAAAACAACAAACACCCCAACUUUGAAUGGAGGGAAGGGGGAAGGGGUGUGGAUUCUUUUGUUGUCUGAAGUUACCUUAUUUGAGUACAGUGCUUGGAAAAAAUUUUUGAUGAGCAGGGUUGAUGACAGUUCUUCUGUAAUUUGAAUUCCGACCCCCCAAAAAUGUCAUUUGCCAAUUGGGCAAGUUAAGAACAAAAUUUACAGCUCCAUAACAAAAUUCACCAGCUGUUGUCUAUUGGACACGCCUUUCUUUGCACGCUCUCUUUUCCAAUAUUAGCUUUAGCACAAGUGAUCUUUUGAUCACAAAAUUAAUAGAACCCUUUUGUAAACUGUGUUUUGCACUGAAAUCAGAGCAUUCUUCUCUUACGUAGCUUGGCUGUUUCUGUUGCUUUGAAACAGGUAACAAAAGUUGAGGAACCGUCCAAGUAUGGUGUUGUUGUGUAUGAUUUAAAAACAGGACGGAUUGAUAAGUUCGUUGAAAAGCCUCAAGUGUAUGUGUCAAACAAGAUUAAUGCCGGGCUCUACAUUUUUAGCCCAAAGAUUCUUGAUAGAAUUGAGGUGGGUUUACUUGUAUCUUUGGUUGUACUAUUUCACACGUAUCAGUCCAGGACUCAAAAUAAAAUUGCCAGUCGUGUUGACUGGCCAAAGAAAUUCUAGUUUGGUCAUGUUAAUUUUCUUCUGACUGGUCAAAAUGCUUAAAAUGAAAAACUUACAUAUGUACUAGCCUAACAGGCAAACAUAAAGUGAAAAAGAUGCUUGUCCUCUUAAAAUGUCAUGAAUCCUUAUUUAUCUGUCGGUCAAAAUGACCGGCAAACCAAACACUUGUCGGGGCAAAUGGUCAUCUUACCCGGACAUUGUCAGUUGAAUGGCCAUUAUUUUGAGCCCUGUAUUCAAUGGCAAACCUCUCUAAACAAACUCUGAAACAAUGCAACCCUCUCUAGUAAAGAGGAAUCUUUUGGUCCUCAAGAUACUAAACGUACAAUCAAUUCCUCUUAAAGGAAACCAAUAUAGUGUCUACAGACACUCUGGUUUGACCUCCUCCGGUGUGUGUAUUAAGGGUAACCGAAUCACUAAGCACCCUGAACAAAAUAGAGUUUUUGUUAUAUUUUCGAAUUGAAGUUCAUUUCCAUGUUGUCCCUCAACCAACAGCACAAAACAAUUAGAUAUGGAAGUUAGUGAAAUAUUAUCCAGCUCUAUCGCAUUGUAAGUUAGAAAUAAAUGUUGCAUGAAUGGAAAAAAAAAGGAAAAUGAAUUUUUCUCGUUUUUCUCAUGAACAUCAAAAUAUGGGAUAAAAUAAUACUGAGGGACUGGUUUAUUGUGAUAAGGCUGGACCAAUCCUGAGUUAAUGCUGGGCAAUAUUAUUAAGAUAUUUGAUAAGGUGAAGCAAUGCUGGGCUUAUUAAUUUUUUUUCUUGCCGUUUGUUUUGCCACACAGCUGAGACCAACAUCCAUAGAAAAGGAGAUUUUUCCAAAGAUGGCUCAAGAUGAUAAUCUGUUUGCAUUUGACCUUUCAGGUAGGUAUAUUUCAACAUUUGCCUUUGUAGCUUGUGUAUAAACAGAAAGGGAUGGUUGCAUGAGUCCAUCGGGUUCUUGUGAGCGUUAAUUGCCCCUUUCCGCCUUUCCCCUUCAAAGUAUGUCUAAGUUUGUAGCAGAGGAUGGAAGGUUGGGAGCUUGGGAAAAUAGGGGAGGGGAAGCGGCGUAGGAGGUAGGGGGGAAAGGGCAGGAGGGAGUUCUGAAAGGGUGAGAAGCAGGAGGAAUGGGAGGGACUUAAACUCAACAAUGCUUGAUACUUAGCAAUUGGAAAAGGCUAAAGGAGGUAGCCAAGAAAAAAGGGUUACAGGAGGAGGGAGCUUUGGACCGCACCAUGUCUCUCUGCCCCCUCAGCACGAAGACUAGAUACCUUAUUCAUUUGCUAAUAAUUAUGUUGUUGUUGUUCUUGUUGCAGGGUUUUGGAUGGAUGUUGGGCAGCCGAAAGACUUCUUAACAGGCAUGGUUAUGUACCUACAAUAUUUGAGAGAAAAACAUCCAGAACUCCUCCACGAAGGAUCUGGGAGUAUUGGCAAUGUGCUUGUGGUAAGUUGUUAGAUGGACAUCUUGAAUCCAUAAUUCCUUCUUUAUCAAUUAAAAAUACUCAGGCAGGUAAGGCCUUAUUGGUACAAUUGUUCUAAAAAUCUAUCAUAAUAUCUUCCAUUAAAUGGAUGACUACAAAUUUUGUAGUCAACAGUUACCAGCACUGGACUCAAGCAAAAGUAACUACGAGAGAAUGACUCUGACUAACAGUACACAACUGUUUAACUGUGACAAUAGAUGGAUUGAAAUGCACCAAUGACAUUACGAGUUUUCAUAGCCAAUAACAUCACAGCUUAACUGACAGACAAGCAAUACAUCAUGACUUGAUUGAGCAAUCAGGUCAAUAACCAGAAUUUAAUACCAUCAACUGACGUGAUACAACUCAUUUUGACUCUGAAGAUGACUACCACACAGGUUGUCAAAACCUCAGUCACUGUCAACAACAACAGUCCUAUUCAGGACUAUGUUCACCCGCAAGUUAUACUCAACCUACUUGUUCCUUUUUGCUUAUCCAGGAUCCUAGCGCUAAAAUAGGGGAGAACUGUAGAAUAGGACCUAAUGUAGUCAUUGGCCCAAAUGCUGUCAUUCAGGAUGGUGAGUAAUGUUAUGAGUGACCAACAUCGAUUUUCUCCGAACAGGGUGUGGGAGGGGUUUUGCAUGAUCCGUGAAUUGACCGGUAAACAGAGUGUGAAGCGGGAAAACUCAUGAAAUACAGCCGUGAUUCUUGAAUUAUAUAUUCACUGUGACGCGUGAUCCUGUAACAUUGUAGUCCAUGAAUCGAGAUUUCUAGCGAUAAAACAGAUGUAAGUCUCGUGACGAAGGUUCGAAGUGAAACCAUGUAAAAGUAAAAACUUGUAGAGCUUCGAUUUUAUGGCACUAAAUUCAUUGCCAGUCAACUUUUGAGUGGUCAAACAAAAAGCAGUAAAUCGCCAGUUUAAUCAGCACCAUACUUUAUGUUUCCUUCCCAACAUUCAUUCAAGACCAACUCUUGCCUUAAUGGUAGUCCUGUUUGGAGAAUUCUUUGCUUAAAGCGUUUUAAAUGCGUUGGCUAAACUUACUUUUUUAUUUUACAUUCUGGGGACCAAAGUAACAUUUCGUAUUCCAAAUGAGUCACGGUGGUUGAUGCACUUGAGGUUAGUUUGGCCAUACUUGGUCUAACAUUGACUCCUAUCUCUGCUGUUAUCAAAUGGAUUGUGAACAACUCAACAAGGGCAUGAAAUCAGAACACUUCGUCACAUCAACUGCUUUCUGUAGUAAACAGAAGUCACUAUUCCUGUACAUACAAAUGUCUUAUUAAGACCUUUUUGCUUUGUCAAACGCACGGUUUUCUUGCUGAUUUUUUCAUCAGGGGUAUGUCUUUCACGCUGUACAAUAAUGCAAGAGUCAGUCAUAAGAUCUCAUUCAUGGAUUCAUUCUGCAAUUAUUGGUUGGAAGUCAGUUGUUGGACAGUGGGUAGGUUAUUUAUUUGUGUUUCAUAUACACAGCAAUAAAUUGAAUUAAUUGAAAAUAGAUUAAUUUAAAAUAAAAAGUUUUAAAAUCAUCAUCAUUCCUGACAUCAUCAUCAUCAUCAUCAUCAUCAUCAUCAUCAUCAUCAUUAAUAAUUAUUCUCACCAUCAUCAUCUCCGUUACCGCCAUUCACCGUUGUGAUUAACAUUACUAUCGUCCUUACCUGAUUUCAUUUGUUCUUUAUUUUCCGACACUCUUAUGUUAUACGGGACGAUUUCAGUGCAACAGAGCGUUGCAACUUUCAUUUGUUACGACGUUGUUUUAAAUUGUGACUCCAUUGUUCCAACAUUGUUGCCCUAAAUCUUCGUUGCAAAUUGACCCAUGUAACAAUAAACAUCGCCUUCAGGGAAUUCGCCAGGCACUACGAAUAUCUUGCAACGGGAUCGACCUGUUGUAUUACCAUUGAUGCUAAAGUAUGUUAGGCACCAACCAUCUGGUUAAACUAAUUUUACUAGCUUGGAAAUAUGUAAAAAUUGAUAUUCUUGCAAUCUCCACCUAAAAUCCUGCUUGGAGAUCUCGCUGUCUCUUAGUGAAUAUUUACCUUUGUUUCCCUGGAGCACAAUCGUUUAUACAACUUUCUGCCUUUUUUGUCUAGGUUCGAAUGGAAGGAGUGUCUGUUCUAGGAGAAGAUGUCAUAGUAAAAGAUGAAUUAUAUAUCAACGGCGGAAGAAUUCUUCCGCAUAAAUCCAUAUCGAACUCCUCGCCAGAGCCGCAAAUUAUCAUGUAAUAUAAAAACAAUUGAACACUAGGAAAAUAGUCAAGUUUUUAUAAAGAUUACUGGGAAGAGAUGUUCAUUGGCGAGUCUAAAUUGCUACUCAGGGGUUUAAAGUUCUCGACAGAUUAAGUCAUAUACUUAGGAGCGCUCAACAUGUCUUCUCGUAAUGAGAAUAGGGACCUUAAGCAAGGACGACGACGACGGCAGUGAAACAGUCGUUAAAAAAAUGAAUUUGCGUUCUUUCAAACUUAAUCGCGUCUAUUUGGACCUGUUCAAUAAGUCAAAUGCAGGCGACUUUUCCUGGAGUUGAAUUCUUAAGGAUUUUAUUCUGGUUCAAAAAGAGGAAGGAAAAUCCGUGGUCGUAUGUCCACGUCCUCCAUAAAACGUCAAAUUUGGAGGUUUCACGUCGUAGUCGUGCAGUGGACGUCAAAGAAAUGUACUAAAAAGCGUGAUGCACGUGCGUGGCUGAUGUUUUGAUCUUGAAAACCUAUUGUUUUUUUGAAGUCGUCGUUUUGGUUGUUGACAUUUUUCUCCUUCGCUUCCUGAAUUAGCGCCUGCAUGCCUCGAAAAUAAGCUAAAUAUUUUAAUUUUUUUUGGAGUUUUAUCUAUCAGCUUCAUUUAGUGCUUUAUUCGAAGGAAUAUUUCCUGUAGCUAGCGACAGCAAAAAUGCCUGCCAUUUUUAUGAAUAUGGCCGUCCGGGUAUAAAAGACAUAAAUGGAGCGUUUAGAUACAUUAAAGUGUUGUCUGCCAUCUGAAUAUGCACAAUAUUCUUGUUAUAGCAACUCCAUAAAUGUUCUAAUAGACCCACAAGGCGUUAAUAGAAAUUUAGAGGUCCAACUGAGGCAG